AUGCUGUGCCAAAAGGGAAAGAAGGGACAAAACAGCGAUGAUCAAGAGGAUGAUGAUAUUGUUGGGGCUAAAUCUAUACUUCUCGAUGAUAUUUCUCAGUUUUUAGAAACAAAUGAUCUUGACAUAUUAAUUAGUAUUGCUGAUGAAUUUGAUGAGAUAAUAGAUGUUUUUGGUGAUUCUAUUUUUGAACCAAAUAUGCUCACAGACCAAUUUUUAGAAAAAAUUAUUGACUUAUCAUUUAAUAGAGAAAAUAAGGAAUUCUCAGAUGCAUAUUUGAUAAUCAUGAAUUCACUCUUUAUAGAAAAUGAACAAUUUGAUAUUGAAAGAUUAAUCUCAAAUCAAUUUUCAUUUUUGGAAAGAGCUUAUGGAUAUUUCACAAAUUGUUCAAAUAGUGUAAAAUGCAAUGAACUAAUCCAUAUGAUUUCAACUCUAUCUAGUCGAUCAGAAAAUGCUAGGAAUCAGGUGAUUGAUAAUUUUUCAAACAUUAUAUUUGAACAAGCUGAUAAUAGAUUACCUCCAGAUGAAAUAUCAUACUUGUUACUUUCAAUCACGAAGUUUCCUCUUAAUUUUGAAAUUUUAACAAGAAUUGCUGAAAUUUCAAUAUACUUUCUUAGAAACCACGAUGAUUUGAAUGAUUUAUCAAUGUGCCAAUUCAUAAAGACACUAGAUAAUAUUCAAAAAAUUGCAAAAGGAGAUGUUUUACAGCUAAUACAAGAUUCGGAUGAAUUUUUGCAACUAUUUACAGAAAUUAUAUUAAAUUCUAAGAUAAGGCCUAGAGUUUCAGCUAUGGAAUUACUCCUUAAUCUCUCCGAAAUUCAAAUUUCAUAUUUAAGGAUGCUUUCUAUUGAAAUCCUCAGUACAUUCACUCAGUUAAAAUCUAUCAAUACUGAAUUGAAGCAAGAAUUUAUGUGUUUGACUUUAAAUCUCUUAGCAAUGAAAAUAUUAUCAUCACCAAGCUACUCAAUUCAUUUCAGCAAUGAAAUGAUUCAAAAUAUCAUGAAUUUAUUAGAUAAAGGACCAUUUUUAGUUAGAAUUGAUACUGCAAAGCUGAUUAAAGAUAUAAUUGAAUUUGGAACAAAUGCAAAUCUUAUUACUUUUAUUUCUUUAGGUAUUUUUAAUUCCAUUUCAGAUAUAAUUGAAUCAGAUGAUACCAAGUGCAUUCUUGUUGGUUUAAAUAUCGUUGAUUCUUUUGUCAAAAGAAAUUAUAAUGAUGACAUAAUAAAAGAUCAAUAUGAAAUCAUUCAAGAACGUCUAGAUGAACUAUGUUCACAUGAAAAUCAUCAAAUAGCUGAAUUUUCUCAAAAAUUAUUUUCAUUGAUCUUUUCAGAGUACAAAUCGAGCUGA